CAGCGUGACGCUCGAUCAGCUGACGUUCACUCGACCUUCUUCACUGCGGGAGAUACGGACUUCUCUACGGCUCAUCCGCGGCGGUUCAACUACAUCCCGUACUGAAGCAUGGCGAGCCAGUCUCAAGGCAUCCAGCAGCUGCUGCAGGCGGAGAAACGAGCCGCGGAAAAGGUCGCAGAAGCCCGUAAAAGAAAAAAUCGUCGCCUGAAGCAAGCCAAAGAAGAGGCGCAGGCUGAGAUUGAGCAGUACCGUCUACAAAGGGAGAAAGAGUUUAAGACAAAGGAGGCUGCGGCCCUGGGGUCCCAUGGAAACUCGGCUGUGGAGGUGGAUAAGGAGACCGUCGAUAAGAUGAGCCGCAUCCAGAGCAGUUAUCAGCAGAACAAGGAAGCCGUGCUGGCCAACCUGCUGAAGAUGGUGUGCGACAUCAAGCCAGAGAUCCACGCCAAUUACCGCGUCGCUGGAUAAACGCCACAUCCGUUACAAUCCCUAAAGGCCCACAAAGCACCGAGACAAAGACUGCUGCUGGACAUAUCACGUCACAAUCACCAUAGAUAGAUAGCCGGACCGCUUAAGAUAACACCUCUCAUCUAGAUUACAACUUCAACGCUUUACCGAAGGUUGAAAAUUCAUUUAAACCUAAACCAGUCGGUGGUGCACAUCACAGCAUUUCUCAUCGUUCGCAGAAAUAUCUUUGAUAUGAUCUUACUGCCAGUCUUUGUCUCUGUUGUUUUAGUUAACCGUAGUAUUGUCCAGUAUAUCAGAGUGAGUUUCCUUGUGAAUGAUACCUUUAAAUGUUUGUAUGGAAGUCUGUAUCUCAACGCUACAUUCUUAAUUUAUGAGGAAUCAGAUGUUGUUUUAUCUAACUGAUGUGUACUUCGUCAUUUUUUUGAUGUUGUUUUUUUUUGUGUGACAAAGAUCAUAAUUAUCAUAAUCUUAAUGCUGUAUUCGUAAUUAAAUAUGCUUCCUUCCCACGCUUUUGUUCUGUAUAUGUAGAUGGCGUUCCUCUAUUUCGGCCUGCUGUGAAAAUGUAAUAAAUGGUAUGUGUACAAAUGGA